ACAAAUGUCGACUACUGGGUAUUUUAAUAUUUGCAGGCGUUCGAAAUUGGCACUGCAAAAUGUAUUUGUGGCAACAGACCUCAAGCCGCAGUGGUAGUUAGUAAAUGAGCAGCCUAAAAGUAGGCAAUACAAAGGCGCAAUUAAACGAAUGAAAGCCAAACGAAGUGAACUGUGAGUAAGGGAAGCAGCCCUUGGAAGAGCGAGAAAAGUUUUUGAUAGCAAAAUAAAUGGGCAAACAUUAGUGACAGUUGAUAAAACUAAAUAGUGGCGGUGGGCAGCAACCGAAAAAAAUAAAAAUAAAACAGAAAAGCUAAUUUAGCUACACAAACGGCAAAGCAAGACAGUAUAAAUGGCAAAAAGUUUCGUCUGUAGCGACCCAAUAACGGAGCGAAUCAAUUAAAAAACACAAUAACUGUAUUGUAAAUAACAACAAAAGCUGUUAAAAUUUAAAGAAAAGAACGGCAUACAAAACCAGCAACAAUAAUAAAAAAUAAUUGCUCAACUAAGUUCGGUGCUAGCGUUGGCUGUGACGUCGACGUUUUGCGGACGAGCGACAACCGGGUUCAUUGCGCUACUAGGCCAAACUGGAACAAGCGCCUUACAACAGCAUAUAACAGCAACCUGCAGAAAUGAUGCCUAUAUUGUAUGGCUGUCAGUUGGCAUUGCAUUGCUCAUCUGUCUCGUAAGCGAAUGGGCGCACAACGACAAAUUCAACAAACUAAAAAACAAAACGAAUAAGCCAACAACUUAAAAAUAUAGAGAGCAGUGUGAGUAAUGAGUAAAAUAAAAAUAAAUAAAUUGGAAAAUAAAAAGAUAACGACACUAACGGAAUUGUUAUAAUUGUUUCUAAAAAAUUUUCUAGUUGUAGUUGUGCGAAAGUGUAGUUAAUUAAAAUUAGCAAAAAAUUAUAGUCUAGUAUUUAAAGAACAAAUCUGAAUAAAAAUGCGCAAUACUCUGAAUUAAUUGUAAAUGCGCGUAAAUAAUUGAAAAGCGCCAAACGAGCGCAACACGCUAUUUCACUAAGCGCACCGGCUACACAAGCACACACACUACAUUUAAAACGUAUUAAAAAUGCACGCAUACAUUUAGGCGCGUUAGCAAGAAAUAACUGAAUUUCGAUUUCGGUGCAUGGCUAAAGCAAAGCCUAAAAAAUUAAGUAAACAAAUAAGUAAAUUAAAAUAAAUAAAUACAUUUAAGCCGGUUUAAGUAAAACAACAAGCGAAAAAAACACUAUUUUAAAAUAUGCGCAAACACCAGCUCGAAAAUAUGUAUCAAAAGUAAUCCUUUCAAUUGCAUUUAAAUCUCCUAAAAAGAUACACUAACGAGUUUCCUAAAAAAAAUGCGCGCCUAAAAGCAGACCAAAAGUGCGCCACAGCAACAAAACACAAACGCUGCCAUUCAAAAUUAACGCAACACUGCAACGCCAACGCGACGGUGGAGGAGGAGGUGGGCAUACACUAACUACUGCCCACAUCCAUGCGCACGCCACCGCCACAAACCCGGCGGCGCCACAACCCUCAACGCCAGCAACAGCAAUCGAAACAGUAGUGCUAACACCAAAAUUAGCAGCAGCGUCGCCGUCGCCACUGCAAUCACUGCAAACACAUGUGCUGUGAGCAACAACAAAACCAACAAAACCAACAAGUACACCAACAUCCAACUCAACGACAUUUGGCGUUUUUAGCGCGCAGUAGCAGCAGAGUUGCUGCUGCCGCUGCCACAGUCGCCGCCGCCAUUUUCGCUGCUGCCAGCUUAGCGUGCGCUGGCAUUUUGGCGGGCUCUACUCCAACGCCCACCACCAAUAACGCCACCGCUCGCGCAGCAGCCGCCGCCGCCGCUGUCGACGCCUCAGCUUCAGCUUCAGCUUCAGCUUCAGCUUCAAAUUCGGCUACAGCUACCUCGGAUGCCAGCACAGCAGAACGCGUCAAUGUGAGUGCGGCAACUGCAGCGAAUUCGAUAAAUACGAGUAGUAGUAGUAGUAGUAGUAGUAGGAGUAGUAGUGGUGAUAGCAGUAGCAGCAGCAGCCGCGGCGGCGUAUACGUAACAUCCUCACAGCAGUGCGAAGUUGCUGCUGAUUUUUAUACCAUACAGCGGACAGGUGUAAAACAUAAAACAAAUCCUCAUACUUCCUCUGCACCAUGUGGCAAGCGAAACGGUGGUCGAACUCGUAGUCGAAAAAAGUGUCUCGCUCGCGGUCGUAUUAGCUUUUGUACAGCUUGCGGUAGUAGUGGUGGUAGUGUUGGUGGCAGUAACAGUGUUUGUGAGCGUGUCAGCGAUUUGAGUGGUGAAGGUGGCAUUAACGUAGACUUCGACUGGCAACCGGAGCGUUACGAGCGCAAUAUUGACGCAAGGCUGCGAGUUGUGGGCGAUGCAACGUCUUGCGGAACAAGUGGGUGGACCUGGCCUAAGAUGGGGAGCGUGCUAUUCACAGCUGUGUUCAUAGCGUUACAUUUUGCCACCGGCGGCCUGGCCAACCCAGAUGCAAAACGUUUAUACGACGAUCUUCUAAGCAAUUACAAUCGUUUAAUAAGGCCUGUGGGCAAUAAUUCCGAUCGUCUAACGGUCAAAAUGGGCCUACGGCUAUCGCAGUUAAUAGAUGUUAAUUUAAAAAAUCAAAUCAUGACGACGAACGUGUGGGUGGAGCAGGAAUGGAAUGACUACAAACUGAAAUGGAAUCCGGAUGAUUAUGGCGGUGUAGAUACGUUGCACGUGCCAUCCGAACACAUCUGGCUGCCGGAUAUUGUGCUCUAUAAUAACGCUGACGGCAAUUACGAAGUGACAAUAAUGACAAAAGCAAUUUUACAUCACACCGGCAAAGUGGUGUGGAAACCGCCCGCCAUUUAUAAAUCAUUUUGUGAAAUCGACGUCGAGUAUUUUCCAUUCGAUGAGCAAACGUGUUUCAUGAAAUUCGGCUCAUGGACAUAUGAUGGUUAUAUGGUUGAUCUACGCCAUCUUAAACAAACAGCCGAUUCGGACAACAUCGAAGUGGGCAUCGAUCUGCAAGACUACUACAUCUCGGUGGAGUGGGACAUAAUGCGCGUGCCUGCCGUUCGCAAUGAGAAAUUCUAUAGUUGUUGUGAGGAGCCCUAUCUCGAUAUCGUUUUCAAUCUGACGUUACGUCGAAAAACACUUUUCUACACUGUCAAUCUUAUCAUUCCAUGUGUGGGUAUCUCAUUCCUAUCGGUGUUGGUCUUCUAUUUGCCCAGCGAUUCCGGCGAGAAGAUCUCACUCUGUAUCAGCAUUUUGCUAUCGUUGACUGUGUUUUUUCUCCUGCUCGCUGAAAUCAUUCCGCCAACAUCGCUGACGGUGCCGCUGUUGGGCAAAUAUUUGCUAUUCACUAUGAUGUUGGUGACAUUGUCGGUUGUGGUUACCAUUGCGGUGCUAAAUGUUAACUUUAGAUCGCCUGUGACGCAUAAAAUGGCGCCAUGGGUACAACGUUUAUUUAUACAAAUUUUACCUAAACUCCUUUGCAUCGAACGACCGAAAAAGGAGGACCCCAAUGAGGACGACCAACCGCCCGAAGUGCUAACCGAUGUGUUCCAUUUGCCACCCGAUGUGGAUAAGUUUGUGAAUUACGAUUCCAAACGAUUUAGUGGCGACUACGGUAUACCAGCACUUCCUGCCUCGCAUCGUUUCGAUUUAGCCGCGGCGGGCGGCAUAGCGCCCUGUUUUGGUGAUCCGCCCCUACCCUCAGCACUGCCACUGCCCGGCGCCGAUGAUGACCUCUUCAGUCCAUCGGGCAAUGGGGAUCUCAGUCCCGGCUGUUGUCAUGCCGAUCUGAGUCCGACCUUCGAUAAGCCGUAUAUGCGUGAAAUGGAGAAGACCAUCGAAGGUUCGCGUUUUAUAGCGCAACAUGUGAAAAACAAAGAUAAAUUUGAGAGUGUGGAAGAAGAUUGGAAAUAUGUUGCCAUGGUAUUGGAUCGUCUGUUCCUGUGGAUCUUCGCGAUUGCAUGCGUGGUCGGCACGGCGCUGAUUAUCCUGCAAGCGCCCAGUUUGUACGAUCAAUCACAACCGAUCGAUAUUUUAUAUUCGAAAAUCGCUAAGAAGAAGUUCGAACUGCUGAAAAUGGGCAGCGAGAAUAGCUUAUAG